GUCUUAAAAAUACCUUUGAUGAAGCUGAAGAUUUGCCUGGCAUAGACCUAGACGCCUGUAAAAUUCCCAUAAAAAGUCAUUGUGACACCCACAAGAGUUCUUAUAAAAGAAGCACAAAUAGCGUUGCUCAUUUUCUAAGUCAACAAAGUCGUCCUUUGUUUAACCAAACCCAACAAGCUCUUCAUUAUGAAUUACAAUUUAAAAAAAGCUUGGUCUACUACUGGAUCUCUCAAGAGGACCUCUUCAUUUGGUGGUCAACCAAAAAAGCUAUUCAGGCAUUUGUCCUUAGCGAGCAACAAGAGCUCUCCAGAGUCCAUCAGCUUUUACGGUGGAUCAAGACUUCGAAGAACAUUUGAAUCUGGAACUAUAGAGCGUAGUUUGGGUUUUAACAUCAAUAGUUUCGAAAGUUAUGAUGGUUGGAAGAAUGGUGGACUGUUUAGUAUUAAUUCAAAGGUGACUAUGAUGUCUUUAAAUGACCGACUGGAAACCUAUCUAGAGAAGGUGACCUCGCUGAAGGAAGAAAACCAACAGCUGGAAAGGAAGAUCAAAGAGUGGUAUGAAAAAAAUGCACCUCAACAAUUGCCUGACUACAGCAAAAACUUGAAGCGCAUUGAGGAGCUUCAGAGAGAGAUAUUUGAUGCCAGAAUAGAUAACACUCAAGUUCUUCUGCACAUAGACAAUGCCCGUCUUGCAGGUGAUGACCUACAAAGCAAGUAUAACAUGGAGCUCAGUUUGCGUCAAGCAAUAGAAACAGAUGUAGUAGACCUACGGAGACAUCUGGAUGGACUGACGCUUGAACGCUGUGAUCUGGAAUUUCAGCUCGAGCAUCUUGCAGAAGACCUGAUGCUUCUGAAGAAAAACCACAAUGAGGAGGUAAAUAACCUUGAAGAACAGCUGGGUGCCAGGGUCCACGUGGAGCUGGACAUGGCUCCUGCUGUGGACCUCCAGAAAAAUUUGUUGGAUAUCCGAAAUGAAUAUGAAAGUUUGAUGGACAGGAACCUAAAUGAUGUGGAGAAAUGGUUUUUCACACAGAGUGAAGAAUUAAAUAGUCGGAUUGUGUCAGGAGCUGAGCAGCUUCAAACGGUGAAAUCUGAGGCCAUUGACUUGCGACACACAACACAGCAUCUGGAGAUUGACUUACAGGCUCAGCUAAGUACUAUAUCAGCUCUGGAGGGCACCAUGGCCGAGACAGAAGAAAGUUAUAGUUCCAAGCUUGCUGAGAUUCAAGAACUGAUUAAUAAUAUCGAAGCUGACUUGGCUCAGAUGAGAUAUGAUCUAGAACGCCAAAACAAUGAAUACAAGAUCCUGACAAAUGUAAAGACUUGCCUGGAGAUGGAAAUUGCAACAUACAAAGAGCUUAUCGAAGGAGAAGAUUUACACAAUACAAAGCUCCAGUCGACAGGAAGCAGAGGUUUGAAGAUCGUCUCCAUUACAGAAGACAUUCAAGAUGGGAAGGUUAUAUCCAUAUUUGAAAAAGUACAUCAUCUUCAAAUUUAAUAUAAGCUAAGCUAAUGGUGUAGAAAUGUAAAUAUGUCUACAAUAUUCUCUCUGUAUGGAAUGGAAUUCUUAUAUUUAAUUUAUUUUAUUUUUUUAAAUGUACUGUGUCUGAUCUGAACUAAAUUGUUCGUUGCAUAGACGAGAUAAUAGGCUUGUAAGUAAAAAAUGUAAUAAAAAAAUUGUGCUGUCCAUAGUAACCUGCUGGAAGAUUUUCUUCCAAAUUAAAAUUUCAACCUGUGCUAGACACAAUGGCACAUAUCUGAAUCAAACUGAUCAAAUGAACACUACAGACUACUGUAUAUCAGAUUGAUGGAAUUGACAAACACCAUGCACACGGAUAUGCAUAUAGACACCUAUGUAACUGAGUCUGAUAAUGAAUUGCACCUUAUAUUAAUUUAUAUUAUAUUGUAUUUCUAUUCCUUUUCUCUGUGUAAUAUGUAACUAUGUUCAUGUGACUUCCUAAAUAAAACAUAUUAUUGUACAUUU